GCAUGCGCAUAUCCAUCAAGCACACGUUCAGGAUUGUUUUUGUGCAAGCGCUCAGGCAGCAGGGAAGCCGGCAGUGCGGUCCGAGAUGUCUGAACUACGCGGGGAAAACAGUCCCCCAGAAAUGAGUGCAGUGAAUGGCGUCAGCGACGUCCUGCAGACCGGAGUGGGCGGCAGGAGGCGGGCGCGGGAGGCCCAGGAAGCCCCAGUGGUCGAAGCUGCCUGCCCUAUGGCGCGGGUCCGGGGCCUAGCUCCCAGGCCGAUCCCCAGCCACGUCCCGGGCCUGAUGUCUAUGCCCGGCCUCCACGGGCACCUGGGCCUCGUAGGAAUUAAUCAGCAGCGGCUCUUCCACCAGUACCUGGAAAAUUCCCCCAUGAUCCCUGUCAGGUUACUGCGAGAUAUCGAGGAGCGCCGCAGGCUCUUUGUGGAAGGCUGCAAGGCCAGGGAAGCGGCCUUUGAUGCGAAUCCCCCCCAGAUGGAGUCCGACGCAGUAGCUUUCGCCCUUGCUCUGACUGCCGCGGAGGCUGGUAGUCCCAUGGCCGACUGAAUCGGCGAUCAGGUGGGUGGCACGGAGGUCAGGUGAAAAGGCGAAGACAGGCCAGCGCAGACCUAGUUGGUUGUCAUUGGGGGAAAAUGCAAGCUUCGAAGAGAACACUGCAGUGCACAAUGAAACGACACAGCCAGAGAAAGAAGUCGAAGGGCACGUGAGACUGUUGAAGCUGCUUCCGAAGAGGUCCGGGGACACUUAGGACAUCGCUUUGUGACUGUUAAUCAUCCGUCAGCAUUUGUGGGAAUUCUUUCAACGCUGUUUCACCGUAAAGGAUGGUUUUGCAAAGAUAAGUUGUAAGAAAAAUGGCCAGUGAUAGAACCCAGAAAAGUAACCAAGAUGACCAAAGACAUGAAGGAAAUGCAGCAGUUAGGAAUCCACUCGUGUCUGAGUUGUUAGGAUUGGAAAGCUAUUGAAGAACCUGGGGAGUUCAGAAUUUGUGGUCAUCAUAUUGUCAGCUCCCAGCUCCUGUGUAAAAUUAAUUUCCAUGUUUUCUAAAAAAUGUCAGAUGAAUAGUAAAUACUCAAGAAAACAUGUAUUUAUUGUGAGAUAAGUAUAUUUUCAAGACCAUAUGAGAUUGAGUGGGUGUGGGAAUAGAUUUGUUUUUGUUAAUGUUUAAACUUUUUAUUUUAUUCCACACUCUGUGCACAAGAUUCAAAAAACAAAGUAUCAUAAAAUAUACUGUGAAAAGUUAACCUCCUGUUCCUGUCCUCUGCCUGUUGACUUGAAAACUGUUCCUGACAGUUACCUUUGUUAGUGGUUUCAGAUUUUGUUCAUUUGUAUCUACUUUUUUUUUUUGACUGACUUUCAACAAUUUCCUAAUGCAUAUACAAAUUAAAAUCAAUAGAUAUUC